AUGGCGAACAACCCAAGAACGCGUACCGGCCCAAAAAUCAGGCUCUCGUUUAAAGCAUUAGGUUGGGACGAAACGUUGCCAGAUGGAAUCCUGCUGAAAUGGAACUCUUGGUCCAAAGAGCUACCAUCGUUAGAAAAAAUUUCCAUCCCACGAUGUUUCAGAACGGCAGAUUUCCCCCUUAAAGAUAGCCAGUUCGAAUUGCACCUUUUCUCAGACGCGUCGUCCGACGCAUUUGGCGCAGUAGCGUACCUUCGAACCAUCGCCAAAGGAAAGAUUCAUCUGAGCUUUGUUCUUGCUAAAGGCCGAUUGGCUCCUUUAAAGUUACUCUCUAUCCCCCGCCUCGAGCUCCAAGGCGCAGUCACCGCUGUUCGACUAGCAAAAACGAUAAAGGGCGAAUUAAGAUUGCCCAUUGCAGAAUACUAUUUCUGGACGAACUCAGAAAUAGUCCUUCGCUGGAUCCAUUCUUCCCACUGCAACUAUUCCAGCUUUGUUUCACAUCGCGUCGGCGAAAUUCUCCGGCAUUCAGAACCAGAACAAUGGAGAUUCAUAUCCGGAUCAAAAAAUCCCGCCGACGACUGCACGAGAGGAAUGUCCCCCUCCAAGCUAGAAUCUUUUUCUCAAUGGUUAGGUGGACCAGCAUUUCUGACGGAACCUUUGUCUCUCGAAUCAGGACAGGCCGAGCUACUACCACUCGGAACUAACGACACCGAGUGGUGCCCAAAAAGAACAGUCGGCCACGUAAAUGUAGAACCAAUCCCGUCCCAGCAAUCAGCGCCUAUUAACAAAAUAAUUCGCCACCACGAAACUCUCAACGACUUGAAACGCAGCGUAGCCCAGCUACAUCGCCCCGCCGAAGACAAAACGCCACUCCGUGCCGAUGAGUUAGACCAAGCGCUUACUUUAUGUCUGUCAGCAGCAUGUCGCGAAGCAUACCCUCAAGAAUAUGCCGCCAUAUCCGCCGGAAAGUACGUAAAAAAUACCUCUCCUUUACGAAAAUUGAAUCCGUUUAUCGACAAGAAUGGGCUCCUCCGAGCCGAAGGCCGCCUCAAACACGCUGAAAUCUCCCCCGAGGCUCGCAAUCCCGUAAUUCUAGGACUUAAUCACCACCUAACCACCCUCAUUAUAGCCGACGCCCAUCAGAAGGUACACCAUUCAGGUGUAGAAUGGACUUUAAGUGAGCUACGAUGGAAAUACUGGGUGCCCCGUGGUCGACGCCAAAUCCGAAAAAUGCUGUACAAAUGCCGCGAAUGUCGCCUGUCUCGCUCCCGUCCAAAACCGCCCAUUAUGGCAAGCCUGCCAAAAGAACGUCUUCAAGCAUUCUUACCAGCAUUUAAAAAUGUAGGACUAGAUUUCUUCGGCCCACUUUAUGUUGUCAUCGGGAGAAAAACGGACAAAAGAUAUGGUCUAAUAAUCACUUGUCUUGCAACACGAGCUGUUCAUCUAGAGGUAGUCUGGUCACUAACAAGCGACGCUUUCAUCAACGCCCUUCGCCGUUUCAUAAGCGUCCGUGGAAAACCCGCCUCCAUAUUCAGCGACAACGGGACCAACUUAGUAGCAGGAGAAAAAGAAUUAAGAGAAGGAAUCGACAAACUCAAUUCAGAAAAGGUCACUACGCACGCGGCCGAGCUAAACAUCAAAUGGAAUUUUUCGCCACCGUCAGGACCGCAUUUUGGUGGAGUUUGGGAGAGGAUGGUGCAAUCCAGUAAGCGAGCACUCCGCGCAGUCCUCCAAGAUCAGUCAGUCACCGAUGAAAUACUUCAAACUGUGUUCAGCGAAGUCAUGUCCUUGUUGAACGGCCGUCCACUCACCAACGUCCAUAUGGACCCCCGCGAACCAGAAGCUCUCACGCCCAACCACUUUAUUCUCGGUCGUCACGAGCCCCACAUUCCACCAAACAUCACAGACGACUCGCACAAACUUACUCGCCGCCGCUGGAUGCAAACGCAAAUCAUCGUAGACCAGUAUUGGGCCAGAUGGAUGCGCGAGUACGUUCCAAAUUUAAUCGAGCGCCAAAAAUGGUUCCGUCCGACAAAGCGCCUCGAAGUCGGAGACGAAGUCAUCAUAAUCGAUGAAAACAAUCGCCGCGGAGAAUGGCCAGUUGGAAUAGUGUAA